AUGGCGGCCCAACAGCAGCAGCAGCUGGCCACCAUGAGUGUAGCCUCAGUGACAGCAGCGAUGAAGGCAUGGCCGCGCGGAGUGGCGGCCGAGCUGGAGCAGUCUGGUAGCCGCAGUGACGGCUGUGACGGGAGCCACGGGAGACGGCUGCCUGCUAAGGUCGAGCUGGCAAGCGUGAAGAUCCAGGCCUGGUGGCGAGGCACCCUGGUGCGCAGGACCCUGCUGAAGGCUGCCCUCAGUGCUUGGACCAUUCAGUGUUGGUGGAGGCAGACAAUGGCCAGGCUGCUGAAGAGGAGAUUGCAGGAGAGGAUGGACUGCAGCCUGAGACAAAUAUAUGCAGCUGUGAAGCUGCAGUCCUGGCCCCAUCCUCCAAAACUACUACACCAUCAAAAAAGGACCCAAGCAGCCAGUAAGAUCCAGGCCUUGUGGCGCGGAUUCCUGGUGAGGCAGUCUCUGCUGGUUGCUGCCCUCAGUGCCUGUGUGAUUCAGUGCUGGUGGAGGAACAUCCUGCACAGGCACAUUCUUAAACAGCGGCUGGCCCUGCUGAGGAUAUAUGUCAUCGAGGAAGAGGCAGCAGUCAGGCUCCAGGCCUGGGUCCGCAGGUGGCAGUGCCGUCGGUAUUUCAGUCAAAUGUGCAACAUGCUCUGUGUGGUCCAGUCCCUCGAGAGCAGCAUUACCUUCCAGAAUGAUGACAUUUUUCAGGUUCAAUAUGGAAUUGUUUCCAAGCAGCCAGAGUUCCAUAUUGAAAUCCUAUCCCUCUAA